AUGACAUCCUCUCCUCCAACUAAACCUCCCAGAGGCGUAAAACAGGGCAAAGAAACUAGUGGUUUGUUGAUGUCUGUUAUUCGGACAUUAUCAGGCAGUGAAACAAAUGAACAAAGAGAGAAAGAGAGGGCAAAAUUAGAGAAAGAAUAUAAAAAAAGUGAUGCAAGAUUGGAUGAGCUAGUGGCAGAACAUGCUAAUGAGAUUACAGAAGUUAUGCAAAAAUUCGCUGCUGUGGGCACUGCACUAAGUGCAUGGGGCCAGCAUUGUUCAGCUGCUGAAGCGAGGCUGUCUGCUUGUCGAGCUUUGCUUCGAGUCAGAAGAGAUGACUUGAGACGCCUGUGGACUGAUGCCAGAACACAUCAUCAUGCGCUGCAGAUGUUGACAGAUAUCGAACGUGUGGUGGUUUGUGAGCGGGAAGCGCGUGAGUUGAUGAGUCGCGGACGCGUAGUAGCGAGCGCGCACGCACUGCAGGCCGCUUUGAGAACGGCAGGCACGCAUUUACCGCACGUUCACGCUCUCUCUACGACUACGCAGAAUUUGGAGGCCAAGAAAUUGGAGCUCGUGGACAUGAUAGUUCGGAGACUGAGUGAUGCGGUGUACAAGGACGAGCGAACGCCGCUAAAUAGAAGAGUAUCAUCUCGUCGCAGGACUACUCUCUUAUUAGCAGAAUUAACAAAGAGCGAAGAAUUGACAGAUGCGCACUUGCAAGACAUCACACCGGAGUAUGAAGCUUCGCUCACAGAAGACGACCGCACGUUUGAAACAACGGUAAUGAUGUCGCUGGAAGCACUUGGCGUUUUGGAACAGCUAAAAGAAGCCACUGAGAAAUUCAAAGUUCAAAUUCAGACGGAACUUCUGGAAGUAAUUGAUUCUGUGUCGCGUCGUAUAAUCGACGAUGACUUUGAGGAUUUCGAGGGGGAAGAGGACGGAGACGUUUGCGAGGAAGGUGUGACAGAGACGGGUAGACCGCUUGCGAGGCUCGUUACUUGCUUGGGAGAUGAGUUCAAGGCCUGUGGGAUGAGGAAUAAGAGAUUAAUCCAAGUCUGGCGUGCGUCGCUUCAGAAACACAAAAUCCCGGACUCUUGCCUUCACACGGAACAUCAUUACUGGAGCGCUGUGCAGCAAGUGAUGCAACUACUCCUAACGGAAUAUUUAGAGAUAGAGAGCGUGAAUUUGUCUGGUGCGCGGACAUUGGCCACCGAAACGGCUGUACCUGAAUUGAAGCUAUCAGACUAUUUUGCUAAGAAAAGGCCGCAGAGGCGACGCGACAAGCUGUUUAGACUUACUGCAGCCGCAACUCCGGUGUCAAGUGGUCCCUUGACCCGCAGACAGCGCUACCCCUUGGUGUGCCCUCCACACCCGGCUUUACUUCACGCGAUAUUGCCGGCCUUACACGCCUUGUGUACCAAUCUAGAGAAACCGGGCGGAGGCGAAUGCUCCCUUCGCGCUUUCAUAACGGACUACGUGCGUUGGGGCGAGAGCGAGCGCCUCGUGGCCGAAGCCCGAGUCACCAUCGAGGCUGCUAUGAGGGAGGCCUCUGCCUGGAGGGAGAGGACCCUCGUGACCAACGCCGCCGGCGAACAGCGCGUAGUAUUUGCGAGUUGUUCGCGUGCUUGGGCCGCGGUGGAAGUCUGCUCGACGGCUGCUCGACGAGCAGGCGCUUGUGGCGGCUUGGCCUUGGUUCGAGCCGCCGAAGCCGCUAUAGGUUCCCUAGCCGUCCACGCCCGCAGCGCCCACAGCCGCCUGACGCCCGGGCCGCCUUCGCGGGCAGCGCGUUGGUUGGCGGACGACGACAUCGUGCGAUUCCUGCAGGCCCUGCCCAACUAUCGUCUGUUGCACGAUCAGAAGGACACGCCCAUACAAAAGGAGUUGAAAGCGGCAUAUGAGCGUGAAGCCGAGAUUUUGGGGACCUCUUUGGGAGAUGGAGAAAUCAGCAUUAGGGAAGUGGUUGUGGAUAACCAAUUGCUGGAAGAGCUGGCCGUGCUCGCUGAGACUAUGGAAUGGAUCAGUUCUAACAUUCGUAAUCUUCCAAAUGUGUUAAGUGCGGGUGGCGUUCUACAUCUCGGAGAUAAAUCUGUGAACGAUCUCUACGCGGCCGCGUCCAUCUUCGAUGAGAUCGCAAAUAAGUGUCUGCUUUUCUUGCAUUUGGAGAUGCGCAUCGAAUGCUUCCACUACUUGGGCCAAGAGUGGGAGGAGAGGCCCGACGGGGGGGAGAGUGGUGAGGCGGGGGGAGUGGCCCGUUUGGCCUCGAGCCUCUUGAGGUUCCACGAGAGGGCCUCCACUAUAUUGGCUCCUGUCAGGCUUGCGUAUAUAAUGAACGGUAUUGGCGAGAUGAUGUCAUCGGCAGUUGUAUGGCGAUGGCAAGGUAUAGAACGCGCGGGUUUAGGGGCGACUGGGGGGUUAGGGAGCAGUUUGGGAAUCGGGGGGAGGGCAGCGGGAGACAGGCUGGCAACACUGCGGCAUUGCCUCGCAGCGUUGCAAUUGCCUCAUGAUGGAUUACAUGCAGCGCAUGCAUAUCUUCAUUUGUUGUCAUGCUCUCCAGAGGAAAUAAUAGCGGCCGUACGCGAAAGAGGUCCCCAAUUCUCUGAGCUGGAAUACUUGAAUGCCUUCAAAGUGAUCGGAGCCCGUAGAUCUAUGUCUCCAGCUGAGAUGAGGGCACAACUCAAACAGUUGUCGGCUGCUUUGGGUCAUGUUGGGGUCACUGUUUAA